UACCGUGAAUCCGUGAUAAAUAUCAAAAUUGACUUAUAAAAAUAAAAUAUCAGUUUCAUUUCCUUAUACAUGACCAGAGGAAAAUAAUUUCUUUUAAUAAAAAAAACUUAGAAUCGAAACGAAAAAUCGCCAUGAAUCCCAAAAUCCUCUUCGUGUUUGCUCUGCUUCUGAAUCUCGUAUCCAAUUCGUUCCAAAACCCUAACCCUAAAACCCCCAAAUCAACGUCAUCGCAGGCUCACGUGGAGCUCAUCAACCACGGCUUACCCGCCGGUCUUCUCCCCGCCACCACCGUCUUGGGCUACGCCGUGAACCGUACCUCCGGUGACUUUACCGUCAAGCUCGGCGGCGCGUGCAAGAUCACGCUCCCGCCGGACAACUACGUCGCCACCUAUUCCGACACCAUCACAGGGAAGAUCGUGAAGGGGAAAAUCGCUGAACUCGAGGGGAUUAGGGUUCGCGCGUUCUUCAAGUGGUGGUCCAUCACCGGAAUCCGCUCCUCCGGCGAUGAUAUCGUCUUCGAGGUCGGUAUGGUCACGGCGAAGUAUCCAUCGAAGAAUUUCGACGAUAGCCCCGCGUGCGAGGGCCAGCACUCUUCUUCGUGAAAAGGGUAUUAGCUACUUAUUCGCAGCCUUCGUGUGUUAUGUAAUGAUAUAGCAUCCAUCCAGUGUCCACUAAGUGCAGAUUGUGUGUAAUGUAAUAUUACAAGGAUAGUAUUACUUUUACAUCAUCGUAUUUAUGCCACGACGAAUCCACUUUAAUGUUCAUAUUACCCCUGAAUAAGGCCACUUUGGACGUUUCUUAUUUAAUAUUCUCUGUUGUAGUAGUAUGGCCAUGUAAAUUAUCUCCCUUUUUUUCCUUACAUUAUCAAAUUAAUUAGUAAAUGAUUUAGUUAA